AUCAGAUUGCAGGUUUGGCGGAAACGCUUGUCUGUUGGCUGUUGCUUAAACAUGUCUGUUUUAUGAUCCGUGGCUUUUAUGACGCUCGCUUUUUCGGUGGAUUGGACCGUAGCAGGCAAGCAGAAAUAAACAUGAAUCAUGGACUGGGAUCAGCUGGAAGUGAGCCCUCGGAUCAUAGCAGCUGUUAAGAAGGCUAACAUUAAAUCUGCCGGAAACAUUUUAACACUUUCUGUGCCAGAACUGCAGAAGUUGGCAAACCUUUCAGUGGCUGAUGUCCAUCAUUUACAGAGAGCGGUUUCUGCUGUUCUGAGGAAGAAUUUGGGCGUAACAGCCCUGCAGAUUUACAGUGAAAAGGCCAAAUUUCCAGCUCAGCACCAAAAGCUUAGCCUUGGAUGUAAGGUUCUGGAUAACUUUUUGAGAGGUGGCAUUCCUCUUGUGGGGAUUACAGAAAUUGCUGGGGAAAGUUCUGCUGGGAAAACCCAGAUAGGCCUUCAGCUUUGCCUUUGUGUUCAGUAUCCCGUGGAGUAUGGUGGCCUUGCAUCAGGAGCGGUCUACAUCUGCACCGAGGAUGCCUUUCCAAGUAAGCGUUUGCAGCAACUUAUCAAAUCACAGCACAAACUAAGAUCUGAUGUGCCAACUGAAGUCAUCAAGAACAUCCGGUUUGGAGAUUCUAUUUUUGUUGAGCACACAGCUGAUGUGGACACACUUACAGAAUGCAUCACAAAAAAGGUGCCAGUUCUACUCCUCCGGGGCUCAAUCCGUCUGGUCAUCAUUGAUUCAAUUGCUGCAUUAUUUCGCUGUGAAUUUGCUGCCAAGGAUGCUGCCAUAAAAGCAAAACAUCUCCAAACACUCGGGGCUAAACUUCACAGUAUGAGCAGCAGAUUCCUCACGCCUGUCCUUUGCAUUAAUCAGGUCACCGAUAGAGUUAGAGAGAUGAAUUCUGAACAGAUUGAUUUGGGUUUGCAGGAUAAAAAAGUAGUUCCAGCACUGGGCAUUUCAUGGUCUAACCAGCUUUUAAUGAGGGUGAUGGUGGCACGGACUCAGCACAUUGCCCCUGCAGAACAUGCUGGAGGUAUCUUACGAACAAUGGAGGUAGUUUUUGCACCACACAUCCCUCAGUCUUCUUGUUACUACACAGUAGACCUGGAAGGUGUGAAAGGAUUGGAUGACUACACCCAAAGCUGAUAUUUGCACCGAAGGUGGCCAGACAAACAAAAGGAAUCUUAAGAUUAAAUAUUAAUUCCCAAAAACAGAUAAUCUAGUCCUCCCCAUUAGCAAGUUCUCUUUCUCUUGAAAUAGACAUUUUCUUACUGGUCCACAAAUUAUGCAAGAAGGCGUUUGCUUUGUAAUAUAAAUGGUUUCCACAGAACUGUCAGGUACAUGUUCAGCAACAUAGCAAAUGACUUCUGUGCCUGGUAAGGAUUGUUUCCUAUAUUAGGAAGGAAUUGCGUCUCCGUUUAUACAUGCUUUGGCAUGUAGCAACAACGCACUGAUUCUUAUGGCUUUGUAUUAAUAAAAAUACAAAUAAAGUCUUUUUCCAUUUGUGUAAA